AUGUCGUCUUCAGAUGGAGCGCUGUCAAAGCCAAAGUCGGUUCCGGACGUGAACAGCACGAUCCUACCUGAAGCACCCAUGUUGAUUCGCACUCCAACAGACAACCACAUAUCUGCACACCAAAGUAGUCACCAGACAGGUAGUUCUCGCUCAGAAAGCACAGGAUCUCCGCUGGAGUUCGGACAAGUAAUGGCAGACCGACAGAACGAGCCUUCCGUGUCUGCUCCUCAAGCCCAUUCAGGACAGCCAGCGGCUUUUCCCCCCGUUCAUAACUCCUCUCCCCUGCUUAUAGAUACCAUGUCACAACCAAUGCAGCAACUUGGCCGAUCUAGACAGAUGCCAGGAAGCCGGAACCUCACACACCAUCAACCGGCUCCCAUGGGUUUCCGUCCAGCUUGGAGGACCUGGCUGGAGGUCUCCGUGUUGAUCGAACACCUUCCUCAGGGUGUGACCACCCUGGACCUCUACAGCUCAUUUUCGAGCUACGGCCGUAUUGAUUCGAUCAACAUACCCCGGAGUAACAUCGACGGCACCAAUGGUCAUGCAUAUAUCAAUUUUUCGCCUGUACCUCAGCACUCAUUUUGGAACUCCGGUGUUGUGACGAUUUCAGUCCGUGAUAGACAGUUCAGAGUCCGAGUUGGUCUUCGGCUUCCUCGUGUGUCUCAACGCAUCAAGAGCCCGGUCAAGGCUGGCGUGACAUAUCCUGAGAGCAAGCUGUUUCGUCUCACUACUCUAGACUUCGGCUUCCUAUCUCAAGAUCGAGCUAUGGCUAUCAUGAAGACCAUUCGGGAUGAUAUUUUCUACCCUACACUCACCAUCAAUCUGAAAUUCAGAAGGCUUGAGAUGAGAUUUUACUGCUUCAUUGAUGACCCUCGCAGAAAAGAUCCUAGCAUCCUUGUGGACAAAGAGCGCAUCGGCAAGAGAGAAAACGCCGCAGAACCUUCAGAGUUCAAAGUCGAGAUUCAGUUCAGUCAUUUGAAGCACAUCUUCCACAUCAGUCUUGAUAACGGACAAUGGUGUCUGAUUAUACCUUUGGAGACACCGCCUAAAUUCUGGAGACGACGAAGAGAUAUUGCCAAGUCUCUGAGGGCCGCUCCCACCAAAUGGGGUGACCAGGACGUCUGGGUACGAGCCUGUGAGGUCAGCUACGCGGACUGGUCGAAAAACUAUCCAGUCUCACUUCAAGAACCAUUUCAGUUCAUCGAAGCUGGAAGAUGGACAACCUAUAGACUGUUAUUCCAAGCAUCUGACUCCAAGGCAUGGGACUACUUCAACAAUGCUCUCCGAGAUUUCAACAUUCGAGUUAUCUCUACAGAUGCGCAGACGUUCACUUGGAAGCAAGGCAAGCAGUCGAUCUUUCGAACAUUGAUCGACGGCCCCGAAGCCCGUCAUUCGAACGCCAGUCUAGCCCUUCUACACGAUGCGGGUCAUCUUCACCUCCCUUUCGAUGUGAGAUACCAACUAGAAGCCGCAAUUUCACAAGGUGCUUUCUCUGAGCAGAGUGUCUCUCCUCAGUUCCUCCAGCAGUUGGCCAAGCUAAACGGUGAACGUGGUCGGUUUGUCAACAAGGCCAAGAACGUGCUAGAAUAUGUCACGGAUGCCAAGAAGCGAGUCUACAACCCAUUGACUAUCCUCCAAGACAGGUCCGCGCUCAUGCAUCAUACAACGAUUGUCUUGCCUGAGCAUUGUACCUGGGUCAGAAAAGUCAUCGUCACACCGACCACAAUAUACUUGAGUUCACCAACACCGGAAACCACAAACAGGGUUUUGCGUCAAUAUGCCAACAAUGUUGACCGCUUCAUUCGCGUUCAGUUUACCGACGAGCGCACAGAAGGACGGAUACAUGCAACUCCCAACAGCGAUACCAACGAUGCAUUAUUCAACAGAGUAUACCGCACACUCCGUCAUGGUAUUGUCAUUGGUGAUCGGCAUUUCAAAUUCCUGGCUUUUGGCAACUCCCAAAUCAGAGAGAAUGGUGCCUACUUCUUUUGUCCCACAGAACAUCAAUCUUGUGAUGAUAUUCGUGCUUGGAUGGGCGAUUUCAGACACAUCAACGUCGUUGCCAAGUACGCGUCCAGACUGGGCCAGUGCUUCUCAACUACAAGGGACCCUAAGGGCCUCGCUUUGGGCCUGACCGUCAGAGACAUCCCUGACAUCGAGAGCAAUGGGUGGACAUUCAGUGAUGGUGUUGGUAUGAUAUCCGAGUGGAUGGCUGGAGAAAUCACAAACAGGCUGAGAUUGUGGCGAAAUGGAAGAGUGCCAUCGGCUUUUCAGUUUCGAUUGGGAGGAAGCAAAGGCAUUCUUGUCACCUGGCCGCAGGUCAAGUUCAAUGAGGUGUAUAUCCGACCUUCGCAGAACAAGUUCACUGCCCGCGCACGGAACCUAGAGAUCAUCAGGGCCUCUCGCUUCUCGACAGCGACCCUGAAUCGCCAGACCAUUGUGAUACUCAGCUGCCUCGGUGUACCCGAUGAGGUGUUCAUUGAUAUGACUGAGAAGCAACUGUCAGAGUACUCGACAGCAAUGACCAAUGCCGACGUGGCGCAAACAUUGCUUGGCCGCUUUAUCGAUGAGAAUGGGAUCACUACAACGAUCGCCCAGAUGGUUGUGGAUGGGUUCAUGAUGUCUCGUGAGCCUUUCGUGAGUGCUAUCCUGCAACUUUGGAGAGCAUGGUCAAUGAAGCUUCUAAGGGAAAAGGCGAGGAUCGUGGUAGAACAAGGCGCAUUCUUGUUCGGGUGUGUAGACGAAACCAGAACCCUCCGAGGCCACAAAAAUGCUCCAGCGGCCGACACUUCGCGCUAUGAGAACAUACUUCCCCAAGUAUUCCUGCAGGUCCCCCGACCAGAACAGCCAGACAAAUAUCAAGUAAUCAAGGGGAUCUGUGUCGUUGGGCGAAAUCCUUCGCUGCACCCCGGCGAUCUCCGCGUCGUAGAGGCAGUUGAUGUGGACGUCCCUGAGCUCAAAGCUCUGCGCGAUGUCAUCGUCUUUCCGGCUGACGGCGACCGGGAUAUCCCUUCAAUGUGUUCAGGAGGAGAUUUAGAUGGAGACGACUACUUCGUGUUCUGGGAUCCCAAACUGAUACCUCAGGAGUGGAAUUUCCCACCUAUGCUCCACGAUACAGUUGACCCAAAACGCCAGGAUAAAGAUGUUACCAUUAGUGACAUUACCCGGUUUUUCGUGGAGUACAUGAAAAAUGACUCGCUCAGUACCAUUGCCUUGGCCCAUGUCGCGUUGAGCGACAGAAUGGCUGAUGGCCCCAGGGACGAGAGUUGUAUCGAAUUGGCCAAACUGCACUCCAACGCUGUAGAUUACGUGAAGACCGGUCAGCCGGCUCAUAUUCCCGAGGAACUGCGACCUACUCGAUGGCCUCACUUUAUGGAGAGACAUCCGCGGAUAUCUUAUCCUUCUCAAAAGGUGCUGGGCCAGCUGUAUAACCUUGUCACGAAGGUUGACUUCAGCCCGGAUUUUGAGAGGCCAUUCGACGAGAGGAUUCUGAAAAGAUACGACAUACCUAAUGAUAUUCUCGAGAAGGCCCGAGGAAUAAAGGUGCAGUAUGACAUCGCCAUGAGACGGAUUAUGAAUCAACGAGAGAUUCGUACGGAGUUCGAGGUGUGGUCAGCCUUUGUCAUGACCAAGCCCCGCGUUGGCAGCGGCUACAAAAUGCAGGAGGACCUGGGCAUCGUCAUGGCAAGCUUGCGAGACCGUUUCGUGCAAGCGUGCGUCAAUAAGUGCGAGGCCGAGGACGGUGAGACACAGAGCAAGGACAUGAACAAGUUGUAUCCUUUCAUUGCGGCUAUGUAUCGAGUCACCUGGGAGGAGGUUCAGAUAUGCCUCGAGGACUGUCGCCGGACUCGAUUCAUCGGUGGCCGUGAGGUAUCGAGGCGAAGCAAGGAUCAAAUGCCGUUCAUCAGCUUCCCCUGGAUCUUUGAGACAGAACUCGGAAGAAUUGCUACCAGGGCGACAGACCAGGAUCUCGAACUAAAGCAGCUACCCGACGUACCAAGGCUGCACCAGAUUGCGAAUACCGAGCAAGCCACAUCUUAUGUGGCAGCGUGUAUGGAGGACGGCCGCCUCUUCCUUCGUGGAGAGGAGAUAUAUUUGGCCCGAGAGUCAUUGGGCGAUGGCACCUCCAACGAGGAAUCAGGUUCCGACUCCGCAUCCGUCAACGACCAGGAGGCCGAGGAUCCGGAUGGCAGGGAAGACGAAAGCGUUGAAGAGGAACCGGAAGAAGUCGUGGUAGAAGAAUCGACGAUGCAGGAACCGUCGAGGUUUGACGCGUUGCAGAGCCUUACGAUGUCUGACUCCGAGGACGAGUAA